AUGGCACCCUCCGGGGGUGAUCCGUAUCGAUCGCCACCGAUUAUACGGAAAAGGACGUCAUUCCCGUUGGUGAUGGUGUUCCAUAAACUACUUGGUGUACUGGUUACCGUGCUGUUCAUCCUCGUCGUCACCGUCGGUAUUCCCGUCUACCUCGUUCUAGGCAUUAUCGGGUUUGUCAAGAAGAAGUCACGACGAUGGACGUACGAAGGCGGGUGUUGUACGCAUCAAUGGCCCAUUUGUGGUACGGUUCCAGAAUUAGCGGGUAUGAUACUGACGGGUAGUGUGGACAUGGACGCACUUAAUGAUGGACUUCAACGGGUUAUAGCUGAUAGUCGAUCGAAUCUCUAUAAAAAUCGAUCCAGUGACGUUAGCUCUCAACUAGGAAAAUUAUGGGACAACAGCAGUUAUCGAUUGGCAACCGAUAAUGAUCUGUUGGAUUUGCAACGGCAGGAAAACGUAUUGCCAACACAACAAACCACCCUGUCCUUAAUACCUGAGUAUUCGCAUACUCUCAAAAACUUGAUGACGUCAUCACUCCUAAUUACUUCGACAGCUGCCGAUUGUGCUUUCGUGUGCGUACAACGAAUACUCUGCAUUUGCAUGAAUGAGCGGACAUCAUUUGAGCAAUACGUUGCGAAAGCGCAUCUUCCUGAUAGAUACUGA